CAUUGAGGUGUGGUGUGAACGGGCCCUAAGACUACGAAACGCGCAGCGUUUGAAAUGAACUUAGCGGAACGCGCAGCGUUCAAAAUGAACUGGCGUUUUUAGUAGCGUCUCCUAUUAUCCGUUAGUAAACUGAAAUGAUGCGGGCCUCAAGCAAUGGCGGAGAUCCAACUGGACUAUCUAUCUACCGAUAAUAUUUAAAAUCCAAUCAAUAGAAUGACAGCGAACGAUGCUCGAAAAUAGGUGUUGAGUUUUGGUUUGUUGAUUCUGAGCAAUUAUGCACAUCAAUCACACUCUUAGUGUCAAUGUGUUUUUUCAUCAAUUUUCACCUUUCUUAUCAGAUAAUAUUUAAAAUCCAAUCAAUAGAAUGACAGCGAACGAUGCUCGAAAAAUACUAUUUGCUGCUGUUUUCCGAUAUGUUGCCAAAAACACUCCUAGACCAGUAAAACAUGGUUGGACAGCUACUGUUUCAACUUUCAGAAAUGCUUCAAACACUUUACCUCCACUUUCACCCAUUGGUCGUCUUAUAUAUAAUGCAUCAUGGAAACAGCCAAGUCUUCUACCAAAGUCUUGGAAAACUGCAGGGAUUAGAAGGAUUGCUUCAUGCCCUAACCUUUUUAGAAUGUUUGGUUUACCUUAUAAAGGACAAGGUUUAAAGAAGCAUGCAGCAACUGUUAAAGAAUCAAAAAAGCUUCAACAGUUCAUAGAUAACAGGAAAAAGGAGCAGGAAUGGGGAAGAAAAUAUUUUCCUGUUUUCCCAGAUGUAAUAACCUUUUUCAAGGCAGCCAUCAUUGCUACAUCUGGAGUAUUUGUUGGAUGGAUAUUUUAUCCUGAUAUUGUUGAUAGAAAGUCUGCCCUAAAUGAUCCCACUUUGAGACUCAACAGUGCAAUUAUGCCUCAAGAGAAAAGAAAUAUUAUGUUGAAAGUGUAUCUUGGCCUCCCUUUACGAGCAAUUUCACGUGCUUGGGGCAAAGCCAAUCAGAGUAUGAAUCUACCAGUUACAUUAAGACCUUAUUUUCUAGGCUUGUUUACAAAAGCUUAUGGUGUAAAUAUGGAGGAGGCAUUAGAUUCAAACCUGAAAAACUAUGCAAAUUUAUCCGAAUUUUUUCGCAGAGCCAUCAAAACUGAAGUACGUCCAAUUGACUACAAAGCUGACUUAGUAAGCCCCGUAGAUGGUACAGUUCUUAAUUUCGGAGAAGUUACAAAUGGUCUUGUGGAACAAGUGAAGGGGGUUCACUAUUCUUUGCAAAAAUUUCUUGGGCCAUUACACGCUGAUCCUGUUCAUCAGGAAUGGGGAGAGAAAGAUCUCUAUCAGCACAAUUGGUGCACUGUUCCACUGGAGAACUACAUGAAAGCUAUAAUGCAUAAUCCAACUGAAAACAGUCUUUAUCAUUGUGUAAUCUAUCUUGCACCAGGUGAUUACCAUAGGUUUCAUUCUCCAGCUAAUUGGACUGUGCAGCAUAGAAGGCAUUUUCCUGGUGAUCUUUUGAGUGUAAGCCCAAAGAUAGCAUCAAUGGUGCCAAGUCUGUUUGUCUUGAAUGAGCGAGUGGGUUUGUUGGGGAAAUGGCAACAUGGAUUUUUUUCAAUGACUGCAGUUGGUGCGACGAACGUUGGGUCUGUUGAGAUAUAUGGAGAUAUUACACUAAAGACGAAUAGACCAAAACGAGUUUAUGGUGGAUAUUACGAUGAGGUGUACAACAAUGUUGAAGCACAAAAGGGGUUGUCAAUGGGAGAAUUUAAUCUUGGUUCAACCAUAGUACUUAUUUUUGAAGCCCCAAAAGACUUUAAAUACAGAGUUGAGGCUGGUCAGAAAAUACAAUUUGGCAAAGCACUGUGAUUUUCUAGACAUCCUUGUUGCCUCCGAAAUGCUCAGACCUUGAUUAUUUUUGGUAUUGCAUUCAAUUAUCCAGCCUGAAUUCUAUCUACCUAAUCUUAGGUAAUUAUUUUUGUGAAAUUCUCAGUUCAAAAGUUCCAUAUGUUCAAAUCAGCUGGAUAGCAGAUAACUUAGUAUGCUAUUUAUUCCAUGAACUAUGUGUUUCAAAUCAUGAGAUGUGGAUAUUAUAAUUGACUGUUUUCUGUAUGAAAAGAUUGCACAUCUUAAACACACAACGCUAUCACUUUUUAUUCAUUUGGUAAAAAUUAUUUUUUUUAACUUCAUCUGCCUAAUUGAAGUAUUUAGAAUUAUUCUGGCCAACAAAUGUUAAUGUUUUAUUCCUAAAGGAUUGUCCCUUUAUUUAGUACUUGAUUAUAUGAAACAAAAAAGGUAGGUGACCCAAUUUUAUUAUGUUCUUCAAAGACUUCCAUUAAUGUCUUUGUGGUUCUCAUUUUGAAUCGUUCUGUAAUUAGCAUUAUGCUAACAUAUUUAACGCUUAUCAUACGUUCAUUAUUUGAAAGAUUGUACUUGUUUUUCAUGCAGUCACAAUUAUCUUAUUUUAAUAAACUUUCC